AUGCUAUGGACGGUACAUAUCGAAGGAGGCCCACAAAGGGUCAAUCAUGCAGCCGUAUGCAUUGGCGACAAGAUAUAUUCAUUCGGUGGUUAUUGUUCUACGGAAGAAUAUAAAGAUUGGGAGCCCAUUCCUAUUCAUGUAUUAGAUACUACUACAUUGAGGUGGGCUCCCGUGCAUUACAGAAAAACACAUGUGAUGCCAUUCCAAAGGUAUGGACACACUACAGUGGCCUAUGGUGACAAGGUGUACAUGUGGGGCGGUAGAAAUAAUGCUGUGGCCUGUGAUACAUUAUUUUGCUUUGAUACAAAAAAAUUAGAAUGGAGUAAGCCUGCCGUGACUGAUACAUUAAAGGAAGAAUGGAUUGUAGCGAACCCCCAAGGACCUUGGCCUGAGGGCAGGCGCAGUCAUUCAGCCUGGUAUCGCCAAGGUUACAUGUAUAUUUUUGGUGGGUUUAAUGGCAAUACAAAAACUCACUUUAAUGAUCUAUAUAGAUACUCAAUUAUUGGAAAUUACUGGGAAUACAUAAAUGUCCAUGGUAUGAAGCCAUGCAAAAGAAGGCGACAAGCUUGUAUUCUGUAUAAUGAUAAAGUCUACCUUUUUGGUGGAACAAGUCCAUGUCCACAUGUAAGUGGUCGUCCAGUAGACAAUGCAGACGGAUUAGAUGAUCCUGAGAGAUUGAUAGACAACAGUGACCUCCAUUUACUAGAUUACUUGCCUAAUUUGAAAACACUCUGCAUACUUCAAGUACUUGAACAUGGAUUAGAUCAAACCUUCUUACCACGUGAUAUAAUAAUAGACAUUCGAAUGAUGACGCUCCCAAAUCGCAUCAGCAGGCCUGUCAAUCAAGCUGGA